AUGGCUAGGAGGAAAUCGGGAUUUUUCAAACACACCACCCUGAAGGUGCGAGAUGACUCUGUCACUAGGGCAUCGGAACUCUCAGUUCGACAAUCCAUAUUGCCCAUCAUCCUUGUCACGACUCUUUACUUCCUCUGGGGAUUCGCCUAUGGUCUUCUCGACACCUUGAAUAAACACUUUCAAGGCGUGCUGGGCAUCUCUCGUGCCCGCUCGUCUGGUCUUCAAGCAGCCUAUUUCGGCGCCUAUCCAUUGGCCUCUCUGGGCUAUGCGAACUGGAUCCUCCGCCACUUCAGCUACAAAGCCGUGUUCAUGUUUGGCCUGACCCUGUAUGGCAUUGGGGGACUCCUCAUGUGGCCUGCUGGUCUCAAGAGAUCGUUUGGAGGAUUCUGUGGCGCAACCUUCAUUAUCGGAUCAGGUCUGGGCAGCCUCGAAACCGCCGCGAACCCGUUCAUCGCAGUGUGCGGACCGCCCAAAUACUCGGAACUGCGUAUAAAUCUGGCACAGUCGUUCAACGCUGUGGGAACGGUGGUCGGGCCGGUGCUGGGGAGCUACGCCUUCUUCAAAAACACAGGCGAUGACCUGCAGAGCUUGAGGAACGUACAAUGGGUGUAUCUCGCCAUUGCCAUAUUUGUCUUUAUCCUCGCGUUCGUGUUUUACAUCUCGCCCAUCCCAGAGGUUACAGACGCGGACAUGGAGCACCAGGUUGCCAUUACUCAUGACGGAUUGGAGGAGAGGAACAAGAGACCAUUUUGGAAACAAUAUACCGUCUUCCAUGCGGCAUUCUCUCAAUUCUGCUACGUUGGGUCACAAGUUGCUUUGGCAGGAUAUGCCAUAAACUACUUCACCGAGAUCGCACCGGUGUCGAACGCGACGGGUGCGGCUCUGCUCGCCGGCGCGCAGGGGUGUUUCGCCGUGGGCCGGUUCUCGGGCUCGCUGUUCAUGCGCUUCAUCCGCCCGCGCUGGAUCUUUCUCUUCUACCUGACGGCGGUGAUCGCGUUCUGCUCGGCGGCCAUCACGGAGCGGCGAAACACGGGCAUCGCCAUGUUCAUGCUGACCCUGUUCUUCGAGUCGGUGUGUUUCCCGACCAUCGUGGCGCUGGGAAUUCGAGGGCAGGGCAGACAUACCAAGCGAGCAGCGGGCUGGAUUGUUGGCGGCGUCUGCGGCGGCGCGGCUGUCCCGCCCCUCCUCGGCGCCACCGCCGACUGGCACAACAGCACGCCCUUCGCCCUCGUGGUGCCCGUGUGCUUCUUCAUCGCGAGCUGGACCUACGCCCUCUGCGUCAACUUUGUGCCCUACUACCGCAUCCCUGCCGACGCGAUCGGCGAGUCCGACAUCGGACUGGACCAGAGGGGCGACGCCCGCGCGAGUGGCGCCGACGUGGACGUGCAUGCGCACGGCGCUGGUUACGGCGACGGAGUCGGAGACGGAGACGUCGAAAAAGUCGGCGCCGUGCAGAUUGAGCGUGGCGGGAAAGAUGAUGUGGUGGAUACCUAG